AUGGCUACAGAGACCAACGAGGACAAGGCUGCUGGAAUACAAGACAGCAAAAUCAGAAGCCAAAAAGGCUUUAGGAACGUCAACGGAACAAUAAUAGUCAGUAAAGAGGAGGUGCACGCUAGAUGGAAAGAAUAUUUCCAACAACUCUUAAAUGGAGGAACAUGCCUUGAUAACGAUGCACAUACAUCAGAUCCCAGGCUCUACAACAACAACCCUCACAGCGAAGACGUCCCACCUUCUUUUCGGGAAGUGGAAUCCACAAUGGGAAAAUUAAAGAACCGGAAGGCACCUGGAAAGAAUAACAUCCCCGCAGAGCUGGUGAAAUGGUGGUGGCACAAAAUCAUAAAGCAGAUAUGGACUAAAGAAAUCCUUCCAGAGGAUUGGAAGAAAGGAGUUAUAUGCCCAAUUUUUAAGAAAGGUGACAAAUUCGAAUGCACCAAUUAUAGAGAUAUCACACUACUAAGCGCAGCUUAUAAAAUUUGUCCACAAUCAUCAAGAACCAGAUGGAACCAUAUACAGAACAAAUCUUGCGAGAAUACUAAGCAGGGACUUCAAAUAAUCUACGUAGAGCUGGACAAAGCGGCGGAAAGGAUCGGUCUACAAAUAAACGAAGAUAAGAACAAGGUUCUAGUUACGACUAGAAAAACAUGA